UCAGAAAAUGCAUAGUAACCUUUUAUUCUAACAACAACGUUCUAAGUUUAUAAGAGCAACAUUUAAACUUUGUCCCUAUUUUGAAAUAUCUGUCUCCCCCCAUUAUUUUUGGCUUUGUCCAGAUUUUUUUACUAAGAGGGUGAGAACUAUGAUUGCCCCAUGUGUGGGAAGAAGUGAGUACCAGUAUGUAAGCGUUUAACUUCUGCAGUCCAACCCAGCACUUCAGGUUUUGUAUGUCAAGCGGCUAUACGCCACCUUGUACUUACUUACUGAAUUAUUUUUCUUAAGAAUGUUGUUUCCAUUCAUGUUAGCAGCUACUAGGCUUGUGACCCCGCCCAUCCCAGUGAAAAGCAGCGGCAGCUCAGUUUAUUUACUAAGGCUGGAACCCGCACUGUGAAGGAAUGUAUCUUCUGGAUUAUACUGGUUGGCUGUUUGCCUCGUGCUAUUAGCCAAUUGGAGUGCACUCGAGAAGCUAUAGCUCUAGCGCCCGAGGAGUUGAGCCUGUGCCGCGUGUGCCACUCAGACUUCAGUGUUCUAAAGUUGAUAAAAGAAACACGAGGUCGUAGCAACACACGCUCUCCGUCUGCCAAGAUUUGGAGUUGGGUUAUGAGCAAGUCAGAAGAUACGUCUGUUCCACCAGUAUUUAUAUUUUCUCAACAGAUGUUCUAUAGGAGAAAGUGAUUUCUUUCAUUACAUUCAGCUUCUUCAGACUUAUAUAUGCAUAGGUUUAUUACGUCCUGUCACAACUGUAGCCUUUCUAGAAAAUCUGCUUCCUUUGAGAAACUAGUUUGAGUGGUUAAGUCUGAAAUGGCAGUUGAAGCCUGUUACAUGCAAUAUCCUUCGUGGGGAUACGAUUAUCAGAACCACCGAUUGCAAGAUGCAGCCGAAUUUAGUCUUCAAGAUUUUAGAGAUGCAGUUGAUAAUUUCAUUUCAGAUCCCUCAUCCUUGAUCCAUUCUGAACUUGGAGCAGUAGACCUUCCUCACUGUGCUGUAUCUGACUUUGAUGCCUGCCUUGCAUCUUCAAUCCAUAGUCUAGAUGGACAUAUUUUGCAAAUGAAUAUCCCACCAGUCCCACCUCCAGAGCAGUACUGGAAAGAUGUGGCUGACCAGAACCAUAAGGCACUAGGAGAUGCGUUAGAAGAAAAUACUCAGCUGCAUGUUACACUGACCAGGAAACAAGAAGAGAUUGCUUCCCUGAAGGAAAGAAAUAUUCAGCUGAAGGAACUUGCAGGGCAGGCAAAACAUUUGGCUUCAGUACUUGAUAAGCUGAUGAAACAGCAGGCAAAGGGCAAUAGUGAUGUUGCUUCAGAACCUUUUCCUCUGAGAGGUGCUGGGAAAAGAAAAAGGCUGGAAGACGUAUAUGAAAAUGAGCAGGAAUGCAAAGAAGUGGAUGCAGUUUUGAGAGAGAUCUCUGAGAGAUGCAAUGCAGCUUUACAGCCAUUGGACAAUAUAAACUUUAAGUGCCCUAAACUACAUUCAGAGAUGGAGCUCUCUAGUGAGUGUGUUGAAGGCCAAGAGAAGAUUCGCAUGUAUGGCUCCUUUAAUGGAAUACAAACUCGCACAGUAUGCAGUUCCCUUAGUCUAAAUGACAGUGAGAUGGAUGAGGAAGACAUGGUCUUCAGAACUUCCAUUAGGGAACAUUGCACUAUUCGAACUUUGGCAUUUCCUCAGGGUAAUGCAUUUACCACCAGGACACCUGGUGGGGGCUACAAAUUCCGAUGGGUUCCCAACUAGGCACAUGGAUCAGCUAACUACACUGACCGGUUGAACCAUGCAUACAGCUGGAUUCUUAUCAUGCAUGUUUGCACUGCCUGCAUUUCGCAGACUCUUUUUUUUUUUUUUUGUAAUGUAGCUCUUAGUAUUUUACCUCAUAAAUCAGGGGCAGCAGUUAAAGUCAGGAACAAAUGCCAAAAUUAGAAAGAAGCUCUUAAAUGCAAGGUAAUGACCAUUAAGUCAUUGCAGUGCAGAAUGUAGUUUGAAAAUAUGUAAAAAAAAAAAAAACUUACAACUUCUAACAUUAUAUGAUUUGGCUCAUAAAAAUCAGAGUCAGUCAUAUCUUCUUCUGAAGGAACAUUUCCUUUUUCAAGUACCUGACAGUGUAGAAACUGACACUACAACUUGAAGGUAGGAGCUGAGUAUUUCAUACAUGAAAGAGAAUCCCAGCUCAGGUCAGUUAUACUCAGACAGGUGGCAGCUGUAUUUAUUAUUUUUAAGUUAUUGUGUAUAUGAUUUUAUAUUUUGACAGAUAUUUAAUAUUGUACAUUCUCCAUUGAAUGAAUCCUAAGGUGCAUAAUAUAUACAGUAUUCUGAAUGAUGUCACACUAUAUGCAUGUCUGGCCUUGCUAAUUUCACUUGAAUUUGUAAUCACACAGGAUGAUCUAACCAGACGUGUUGUAAAGGGAUUGAUUAAUUUUUAAUUGAAUGUAAUA